CAGCAAACCAAGACAGGCGCAGUGCGCGCGGACACCAGCGCCGCGCACCAUUGGCUGAGAGCUCGGCUUUACCUGGAGGAAGGUGUGCCAAGCAGACAGCAGGAUGAACUUUUCUUUACUCUGAUCCACUUCAGGGAUUUGAAUUCAUGCUCCUAAAAUCAUGGAGCCCGUGACGUCCUUGAGCAACGAGAGAGUCGCCGAGUGGCUCAAAGGUCUGGAUGCUCCUCUACAGCAGUACUCGUUCUCCGAAUGGCAUCUCUCUGGCUCAGAUCUGCUGAAUCUUUCAUCUACCAGACUGGAGAAACUUGGAGUGCAUAAAAUCGGACAUCAGGAGCUUAUACUGGAGGCUGUGGAAAAACUCUGUGCUUUGACAUACAGUGUUGGGGGUGACAAUCUGCGCAGUUUGACAGAGAAACUGCGUGCAGUGGCUCACACUCUGCAGAUGAGCAUACAGGGGCGCUGGCGUGUCAAUACUAGUGAUGGACAGAGCGCCACCAAGCUGUCACAACAGGUCCUGCAGGCGUUGGUGGACGUGAUCACAGCAUCCAAUGGACUUGUGUCUUUGCUCAAUAGGUAUCAAUUUGCACAGCAGACUGGACACACAGCAAAUGAGAAAGUUGCCACUCUGUGUAAAGAUCUGGACAUUACAGUGCAUAAGGAAACCGCUGUGUUUGAAAAGGAGAAGGACAUUAUAUCUAUUUGUCGUCAGCUGGUAGCAGUGUGUGAUGAUAUUUUGACCAUUACUCCGUCGCCUCUUCUUACCCAUACUGCCCAGCUGGAGAGUGUUGACCUGCUCCCAGCUUCAGCAGGAGAUCAAGUGUAUCCUACAGAGAUCUUUGAGAAGAUUUUAGCUGAAGAUGAAGUCCUUCAGGUCAACGGACAGAUAGUGGUUGGCUGGAGCCGGGCAAACCUUGUUCAAAAACUGGAGGAAAAUCCAAAUGGAGUCACUCUGGUUUUGAGGAGGAUUCCAGGAUUCCUGAAACGCAAGGAGAGCCGAGCCAAGUCUGAGAGAGAGGAGGAAGAGGAAGAAGAGGAAGAGAAAAACCGACCUUCUCUUUUGGGCAGAGUGGCAGCUUCAGUCCGCUCUAUGUCCUUCAGUGAGGACAUGCAAGCGAUCCGCUAUCUCAGAUCAGCAUCAGACAGCACACAUUAUUUCAGACGGGAGAAAUCAGCACUCUCUAGUGCACAAAGCUCUAAUGUACAUCAGCCAAACACCUUAAAGCCAGGGACAGAUUCUCUGCGUGCAAGUCGAAAAAGUUUGCAAAUAGGUUUAACUGUAGAAAGGAGUCCGUCCCCGCAAGACUCAGAGCUCAACCGAGCCAGCACUAGCUCCUGUCCUGACAUGGCAGGACUAAGAGAGGAAAAGGAGAACAAAAAGAGCUCUACUAAAGGAACACGGUCAGCGCUGAGCCGGAGGAGGGUGUCCUGUCGUGAACUUGGCCGCCCAGACUGUGACGGAUGGCUCUGGAAGAAGAGAAAAGAAACAAACGUCUUCAUGACUCAGAAAUGGCAGAGAUUUUGGUUCGUCCUGAAAGGUCCUACACUGUAUUGGUAUACAAGCCAACAGGAGGAGAAGGCGGAGGGCUUAAUCAAGAUCGGCAGCUACAGUAUAGAGAGCGCAGGAGAACACAAGAGGAAGUAUGUAUUUCAAAUGUGCCAUCAGCGCUUCCAGAAUUUUUUCUUCGCUGCUGAUAAUGUAACCGACAUGAGCAAAUGGAUUAAUUGCUUAAUCACAGCCAUUCAGAAACAUAAGAAAGGUGUUCAAAGUCAGCCAGACAGUGAAGAAGAAUGUUACAGUGAAACUGAAUCUGAGGAGGAAUCACGUUCACCACUUUCCCACCGGAAGAAAGUCAAUACAAAAACUCAAACACAAUCACACACACUUCCUCGAACAAAGGGAAAGCAGAACAGGAUGUCAGCACCAAUGACCAUUUCACAAGCAGGGGGCAGUAAAAUUGCAGGAAAAGUAGAUGAGAUGGAUGAAAUGUUUCAUAGCCUGAAGAAAGGAGGAGUGUCUCUGAUUGGUCAGAAUCAGCCGACGACUCAUGACCAGCUACGUAAAUCCUUCAUCAAACGCAACAAAAACCCUGCUAUCAAUGAGAAGAUACACACACUCCGUGCCCUCCAAAGCACACUUAAGGCGAAGGAAGCAGAGCUUCACCUGAUUAACAAGAUCCUGGAAGACUCUGAGUUCUCACCGCAGAAUUUCCGUCAGUGGAAGAAGUUAAAUGAAGAGCUGCUGCAGGACAUUGAGAGACAGUACAAACAGACAGACUCACCAAGCAUAGACACAGUGUCCAAGGCCAAAGACGAGGCAAGCACACUGAAUCUGAGUGAUGGAGAACAGUUGGUAGAUGCAGAGAGACCUGAAGACAGAGGCUCCACUUCUACAGAGGCACAGGUGCCGAUGCAAACAGAUACCACAGUCACAGACAAAACUAGAGAGAACUAUUUUUACAUAUGACAACCGUUUCCUUACUGUACUCUAUUAAAACAAAACAAAACAAAAA